CAACGCACAAACAUGUUGUACUUUCACAAAAAGUUUAUUGAUUUAAAAAAAAAAUUAUUUUUUCAUUUUUUUAUUUAUUUUUUAUUUGUGGGCAAGGCUUCCGCGGGCCGACAGAACCCCGUGGAGGGCCGCAGUUUGCCGCACCCUGUUUAAGUGACAUCAAGAGUUUAUAAACUAAGUAAUGAAAGUACAUGCAUGCGAAGUAUGCGCUCGAGAUACUGAGAGAAACGCGGAACGUGCUGAAGAGGCAAGCGACUAUUAACCAUGCGUCCACGUCCAUCUCACGGCAGAUCACCAUCUGUGGCGAUCUCCAUGGCAAACUAGACGAUCUGCUCAUCAUAUUCUACAAGAAUGGUUUACCGAGCGUUGACAAUCCGUAUAUCUUUAACGGUGAUUUUGUCGAUCGCGGUGAUAACUCCACCGAGGUGGCGCUGAUGCUCUUCGUCUGCCUCAUUCUCAACCCAAACAGCCUGUACAUCAACCGCGGUAACCACGAAGAUCACAUCAUGAACCUCAGGAGCAUCGCAUCUAAAGUGGUACGUGGCUUUGAGGUCUUCAGCUGGCUCCCUUUGGGGACUGUCAUUGAUCAUAAGGUGCUGGUCGUGCAUGGCGGCAUCUCUGACCAGACAGAUCUGAAGUACUUGGAGAAGAUUGACAGGCAUAAGUAUCUGUCUGCAUUGAGGCCUCCCCGUACCAUGGAUGCAAAUGGUGGAUCCCGUCUCUCAGCUAACGGUGUCGACGGCGACGAUGACAGCAACAUUGAAGUGGAUCACAUAAACCUCAGGGAGUGGAAACAGAUUUUGGACGUCCUCUGGAGCGACCCGCGCCCACUUCCCGGUUGCAGCCCAAACACAUUUCGAGGAGGCGGUAGCUACUUCGGUCCCGACGUUACAGACAUGCUGCUCAGCAAGAACAACCUGCAGUUGAUCAUCCGUUCGCACGAGUGCAAACACGAGGGUUAUGAAUACUGCCACGACAAUAAGGUUCUAACGAUAUUCUCAGCAUCCAACUAUUACGAGUUAGGAAGCAACAAGGGCGCGUACAUCAAACUAUCGUCUGAUAUGAAGCCCCACUUUGUCCAGUACAUGGCUUCAAAUUCACACAAGAAGCUUGGCCUAAAGCAACGACUAAGUUUAGUAGAGGAGUCAGCGCUACGAGACGUCAAGGAGAAACUUUAUAGCCAUCAGUCAACACUGAUGGAGGAGUUCAAGAAGUGUGACCCAGCUAACACAGACUACAGCUCCCAGUGGAAGUACGGAUUUAUCAAGGAGCUAAUGCACAAGUACAAGACGUGCGGACCGAGCGUGACAGAAGUGCUCUACAGAAACAAGAACUCAUUGGAGACGAUCUUUCGAAUAAUGGACAAAGACAACUCUGGUAGCAUAUCGAUGGAAGAAUUCGAGGAAUCCUGUCGGCUUCUCAGUGCUCACAUCAAGACGCCCAUCUCACCGCAGUACAUCAAGGACCUAGCGAAGAGCAUUGACAUGAACAAGGACGGGUGCAUCGACUUCAACGAGUUUCUCGAGGCGUUUCGAUUAGUCGACCGCGACCACAGGGCCAGUCAGAAUGCAGCCGGUGAAAAGAAGGCUCGGGACACGAAUAGUGAGAAAGUGAAUACGAGAAGGAAUGAACUCGAAAACGACGACGCUGAUGCUGUUGAAACGACGAAUCGUGGGAACGCGAACAGCACAGGCAAACUGGAGAACGAGGCUACCGAGACAGGAGAUGCGGAGAUUUGUGAAAAUGCAAAUGUCAACAGAGAGCUUGAGACCGUUGAGACGGUCGUCGAGGCAGACGUUACACUACAAAUGCACCAGAAACCCAUAUCCGCGUCUUAGUAAAGCGCUAUAUAUAUAUAGCUCGCCGCCGUGCUUUGGUGCUUUCGUGCGUAAAUUUCCGCAAAGGUAGGGUUUAAUACACAUGCAUCAAAAUCAAUGUCGCAUGCGUGACAGCAUGUUAUACAUAUAUAUAUAUAUAUAUAUAUAUAUAGGGUAUAAUAUAAAGUCAGGGGCGUCAUCAUAAUUAUAUGCAUGUAUACUAAUACGCUCGUGUUGAAAUCCAUACGCGUGUACAUAUAAAUUGUUAGCGCGCAUUUGGGACGGCUAACGACUGUGUAUGUGUGCCUGAUGAUAUGUAAUUAUGUACAAGUAAAAAUAUCAUUACUAGUAGUACUACUAGUAGUAGUGGUAGUGGCUGGUAUAUUUUUGUAUAACUGGCCAAUACCACGAGAGUGAAUAUCCUGUAUGUGUAA